UUCUUCAUUAUUUUUAAUUCAAGAAAAUUCAAAUGAAAGGUUUCGGCAACUCAACGAUUAUCAUUCCUAUUUCUCUUUGUUUUAUUUUCAUAUUCAUUUAUCAUUUCAAAAACGUGCUUGCGGCUCCUACAACUAGGCAUUUUCUGUGUAGUCCCGAACAAAGGGAUGCACUUCUCGCUUUCAAAAACGAGUUUCAUAUUGGGAAGCCUAAUCCUGAUUGUAUGGGUUAUAGCAUCGAAUCUCAUCGGAAGACAGAGUCAUGGGGGAAUAACAGCGACUGCUGUACUUGGAAGGGUAUCACGUGCAAUGCCAAGUCCAGAGAAGUGGUUGGGCUAGACCUUCGCUGCAGCUUUCUCCAUGGCCGGUUUCAUUCCAAUAGCAGUCUUCAAAACCUUCCUUUUCUAACCACUCUUGACCUUUCAUUUAAUGAUUUUUAUGGUCAAGUCCCGUCUUUGAUUGGAAACUUUCCUCAUCUCACCACUCUCAACCUUUCUAUGAAUCAACUUUCGGGUCAGAUUCCAUCUUCAAUUGGAAAUCUUUCUCAUCUUACAACUCUCCGCCUUUCGGGAAAUAAUUUUAGUGGUCGGAUUCCAUCUUGGAUUGAAAAUCUUUUUCAUCUUACCUCUCUCCAACUUUCGCUUAAUAAUCUCAGUGGUCGAAUUCCAUCUUGGAUUGGAAAGCUUCCUCAUCUCACCGUUCUCAUCCUUGAGGAAAACAAUCUCGCUGGCGAAAUCCCAUCUUCAAUUGGAAACCUUUCUCAUCUCACCCUUCUCAGCCUUUCGGGAAACAAUCUCGUUGGCGAAAUCCCAUCUUCAAUUGGAAACCUUUCUCAACUCACCUAUCUCAGCCUUUCGGGAAACAAUCUCGUUGGCGAAAUCCCAUCUUCAAUUGGAAACCUUUCUCAACUCACCGAUCUCAGCAUUUGGGAAAACAAUCUCGUUGGUGAAAUCCCAUCUUCUUUUGGCAAUCUCAACAAGAUGAACUUCUUUCAUGCAAGUCAAAAUGCUUUCACAGGAACUAUCCCUUCUUCUCUCUUCACCAUUCCUUCUUUGACAUAUAUUAUAUUGAGUGAUAACCAACUCAACGGCACUCUUGAGUUUGGUAAUACUUCUUCACUGUCUAACCUAAAAUGGUUAGUCAUUGGCAACAACAACUUCAAAGGGCCAAUCCCGAGAUCCAUUUCCAAAUUUGUCAACCUCUCAGGACUUGAACUUUCUCAUUUCGACACCCAAGGCCGCCUAGUUGACUUUAGUAUCUUCUCGCCUCUCAAGUCCCUCAUGUCUCUUGACCUAUCCUAUUUGAACUCCACCACUACGAUUGACUUGUAUGAUAUCUUAUCAUAUUCCAAAAGCCUCUCUCACUUAGAUCUCUCAGGCAACCAUGUUUCAACAACAAACAAAAGUUCAGUUUCAAAUCCCCUUUCACAAGAGAUAGAUUCUUUGAGCUUAUCAGGCUGCGGUAUCACCGAGUUUCCAGCAGAGCUCCUAAGAACCCUACAUGGAAUGGGAUUUCUAGACAUUUCCAACAACAAAAUCGAAGGUCAAGUCCCUGCCUGGUUAUGGACUCUACCAAACUUGAGGUACGUGAAUCUUUCCAACAACACUUUCAACGGUUUCCAAAGAGCAAAGAAGAAACAAGGACUAUCCUCUGUCCGGAAACCAUUUGUGAGUUACUUUCUUGGCUCCAACAACAACUUCACUGGCAAGAUUCCUUCUUUCAUAUGCGAGUUUCGUUCUCUAGACACUCUUGAUUUAUCUGAAAACAACUUCAACAGUUCAAUCCCUCAUUGUUUGGUAAAUCUCAAUAAUACUCUUUCAGUUUUAAACCUUCGUCAAAAUAAUCUUAGUGGAGGUCUUCCAGAGCAUAUAUUUGAAAGUCUAAGGUCGUUCGAUGUCGGUCAUAACCAACUUGUGGGAAAGCUUCCAAGAUCUUUGAUCCGUUUCUCAACUCUUGAAGUUUUGAACGUGGAAAGCAACAAAAUCAACGACACGUUUCCAUUCUGGUUAGGUUCUCUACAAAAGCUACAAGUUCUUGUCCUUCGCUCCAAUGCAUUCCAUGGACCAAUACAUCAAGCCUCCUUCCCUCAGUUGCGAAUCAUCGACAUAUCACAUAAUCACUUCGAUGGAACUUUGCCUUCGGAAUACUUUGUGAAGUGGAGUGCUAUGUCAUCACUUAAGCCCGACGAGGAUCACUCUUCCGAAAAGUACAUGAGAGGGGGAUCACGCUAUUACUAUGAUUCAUUGGUUUUGAUGAAUAAAGGUGUAGAGAUGGAGCUAGUACGUAUUUUAAAAAUCUACACAGCAAUCGACUUUUCAGGAAACAGAUUCGAAGGAGAGAUUCCAAAGUCCAUCGGUUUAUUGAAAGAGCUUCAUGUGCUCAACUUGUCAAACAAUGCUUUCACUGGCUGCAUCCCUUCCUCUAUGGGGAAUCUGAAAGCUCUCGAUUCGCUGGACGUUUCCCAAAACAAGCUUUCAGGAGAAAUUCCACAAGAGCUAGGGGAGCUCUCAUUCCUUGCGUACAUGGACUUCUCUCAUAACAAGCUUUCAGGCCUAGUACCAGGGGGCACUCAGUUUCGGACGCAACGUUGCUCUUCUUUCGAGGGAAACCUGAGACUUUUUGGCCUUUCUUUUGAUGAAAUUUGUAGAGAUGCUCACACGCCAGCCACAAAAGUAUAUGAAACGUCGGAAUCAGAGGAAGAAGACGAAGAGGUGAUUAGUUGGAUAGCAGCUGCAAUAGGAUUCACACCUGGUAUUUCCUUUGGAUUUGCGAUUGGAUACAUAUUGCUUUCCUACAAACCAAAGUGGUUUAUGAACCCUUUCGGUCGAAACAAUCGUAGAAGGAGAAGCACUCCAACUCAUUAGAGAGAGGGUGUCCAUGAUAACAACAAGAAUGAGGCAUGAGAGAGAGAUGAAGAUCAAUUCUAUCUGCAUUUAUGGUUUGAAACGUUUAAGAGCUCUCAUUGCUUCUCCAUUAUUCAACAAGGAUGGACACUUCAGGUGCCUCAUCAAAACUAGCAAAGAUCUCUCUUUUUCUCAAGUGUUUGUCUAGUUAAUAAAUUUCUUAGCGCAUUUUGCUUGUGAAUAAGUGAACCAGAAGAACAUGUACGAUCUUUGGAAUGUUUUAAAGCUUUUAGUUUAAUGUCUA